AACAUACCUAACCUGAAAUAUAUUGACCAAAAUCAAAAUAAGAGAUUUAAUUAAUUAUUGUAGAUGGUAGCUGAAAAGUAGAGCUUUAUAAGUUCUUUUAUACUUUCCUAAGAUUGCGACAGGCUGUUAUUACUUAUUUCCUGAUUUAAUCAUAAAAGAAUGGCGUCAGAUAUAAUAUCAAGUCUCCAGCUGGAUAAAAAUACGACCAACAGAGUGAUUGUUGCUAAGGAAAUCAAUGGGUGUGACAGUUCAUUUAUUACUAGCUGCAUUCUUGGUCACUGCAUUAAAAGUAAACAGGCCGUCCUGUUCAUAGCUACUCAUAAUUCUCUUCUCCAUUAUCAAAAUGUAGGACUAAAAAUGAAUUAUAACUUACAAAGGCACAUAGAUACUGGCCUUGUACAUUUUUUUAAAUUAGAUGAAGAACUUGUUAACCUUUUGAUGGCCAAUGAAGAAAAAUCACUAGAAAAUAUAUUUUCUUCUAUAAAUCAAAUUGUACAAACUUUGAGGCUGAAUAACAAUGUAGUCCAUAUUAUUUUGGACGGUGUUUCUCAUUUGUUUGACAUGCAGUACAGUCUUAGAGAUGUCAACAAGUUUUGCAAUCAAUUAAUACAGUUAAAUAGAGGUAGCAUAGCUUCAUUUGUUUUAUUUCACUGUAAUGUAGCACAUGAAGAUGACUUGACUCAUGUAAUGGCGAACCUCCUUUGCCACACAGCCCAUACAAUUCUGGAAGUCAGAAACCUUUUGUCAGGCUUGAGUGCUGACGUGUCUGGACACUUAACCAUUAAGUAUCCAGGUCACAAGUUUGAAGAUGAACACAUGAACACAAUUGACAUGAAGCCUUCUCGGUAUUUAUUCAAACUAUUUGACAGAGGUGUUAAACUGUUUGCUCCGGGCACCAUAUAACAAGUUAGUUAACCUCAAGUCAAUAGCCAAGGGAAAACAUGACUGAAGGUAAUUGCUAUUAUUAUGUUAAUUAGCAGUAGAUUGCAGGUUAAUUUAAGCUCAGACCAUUCCAAGAUAGAUGUGUGGAAAUUAUUAAUGUCAUGUUUAUAAAUAAAUUUUGUAUAAUGUUGA